AUGCAUCGUUUUGCCUUGGUUGCCAAGCAAACUGCGGCAAGCCUAGGCUACCAGGGACCCAGGGUCUGCCAAAGCGGAAGGACAGACAUGGCUUUGCGCUGCGUCGCUUCGCUGGUGGUCGGGCGGCAGCCGCGGUGUCCCCGGCUCCCGCGGCCGGCGCGGGAGGGGACGGUGCGUUGGAGCAGCGCUGCCAAGGCCUCCGCGGUGAAGAUCAAUGAGAAGGCGAGCAGGGAAAAGAUUCUGACGCUGGAGUCCAUGAACCCGUUAGUGAAGGCGCUGGAAUAUGCAGUGCGGGGUCCCAUCGUCCUUAAAGCCGGCGAGAUCGAGAAGGAGUUGCGGAAGGGAAUCAAAAAACCUUUUACUGAAGUAAUUAAAGCCAACAUUGGAGAUGCGCAUGCAAUGGGACAGAGGCCAAUCACCUUCCUCCGUCAGGUAGUGGCACUGUGUACAUACCCAAACCUGUUGGACAGCCCAAGUUUUCCAGAAGAUGCCAAAAAGCGAGCCAGACGGAUCUUGCAGGGCUGUGGAGGAAACAGCUUAGGAUCUUACACUGCCAGUCAAGGUAUAAAUUGCAUCCGUGAAGAUGUUGCUUCAUAUAUUGAAAGAAGAGAUGGAGGGGUUCCUGCAGAUCCAGAUAACAUAUAUCUUACCACUGGGGCAAGUGAUGGUAUUACCUCAAUCUUAAAGAUCUUAGUCUCAGGAGGUGGAAAGUCCAGAACAGGAGUGAUGAUCCCUAUACCACAAUAUCCUUUAUAUUCAGCAGCCAUAUCUGAUCUAGAUGCAAUCCAGGUGAACUACUAUUUGGAUGAAGAAAAUUGCUGGGCUCUAGAUGUGAAUGAACUUCGCCGUUCCUUAUAUGAAGCUAAGUCAUACUGCAAUCCAAAAGUCCUCUGCAUCAUCAACCCUGGAAAUCCCACAGGUCAAGUGCAAAGCAGAAAGUGCAUUGAAGAUGUGAUACACUUCGCUUGGGAAAAGAAACUUUUUCUUCUGGCUGAUGAGGUUUACCAGGACAAUGUGUACUCUGAAGGAUGCCAGUUUCAUUCCUUCAAAAAGAUUCUGUAUGAGAUGGGACCCGAGUACUAUAACAAUGUUGAGCUGGCCUCUUUUCACUCCACCUCUAAGGGAUACAUGGGCGAAUGUGGCUACAGAGGAGGCUACAUGGAAGUCUUAAACUUGCACCCAGACAUUAAAGGACAGCUUGUUAAGCUGCUUUCUGUUCGCCUUUGUCCUCCAGUCUCAGGACAAGCAGCAUUGGAUGUUGUAGUGAAUCCUCCAGUACCUGGAGAAGAAUCUUAUGCACAGUUUAUAAAGGAGAAGGAGUCUGUUUUGAACAAUCUUGCCAAAAAAGCCAAAAUAGCAGAAGACAUGAUUAACAAGGUUCCAGGAUUUCACUGCAAUCCACUUCAAGGAGCUAUGUAUGCUUUCCCACGGAUCUUUAUCCCUUCCAAAGCCAUUGAGGAAGCAAAGGCUCAUAAAAUGGCACCUGAUAUGUUCUAUUGCAUGAAACUUCUGGAAGAGACCGGACUAUGUGUUGUACCUGGAAGUGGAUUUGGCCAAAAAGAAGGAACCUACCAUUUCAGAAUGACCAUUCUUCCUCCAGCAGAGAAGCUGAAGAUCCUACUGGAGAAAGUGAAAGAUUUCCACAUAAAGUUUCUUGAAAAAUAUUCAUGA